GCUACAUGAUGAAAACUCCCAUCCUUCUGCUUUUCCUGUUGGUUCUGCAUGUCUCUGCAGCUACCUUCAAGAUCUGUGCUUUUAACAUCAAAAGUUUUGGAGAAGCUAAAGCAUCCAAUAAGAAGAUAAUGGGCACCCUGGUGAAGAUUCUGUCUCGCUGUGACAUCAGUGCCAUCCAAGAGGUCAGAGAUUCCAAGGGAGAAGCUGUCCCAGCUCUUGUGACUGAACUCAACCGGUACGAUUCUAUCCAUCAAUACAAACAUGUGGAGAGUAAAAGAUUGGGAAAGAACAGCUACAAAGAGCAGUUUGUCUUCAUCUACAGAUCGGACUCAGUAAAGGUGGUCGAUUGGUAUCAGUAUGUGGAAGACCAUCCAGACCACCCCGACGCCUUUGCAAGAGAACCGUUUGUUGUCCGCUUCCACUCACUGAGAACAGUUAUUAAAGACUUUGCCCUGAUGUCUCAUCACACCUGCCCAAGGGAAGCGGCUAAGGAGAUCAACCGUCUCCUGCAGGUCAUGCUGGAGGUGAAGAGUCACUGGAGAAUUGAGAGUGUUAUGCUUCUUGGA